GUUUCCUUGGUUUUGUCAGCCAAAAACAUAGGAAACAUAUAUAUUGAUUGAUUCGUAUUCGUAGAAUCUUGUGUUCGAUUUAUGUAAUCAGCGCCUGCAUGAAACCAGUCUUUCUAUCUCCUUUUUUCCUUCAACAUCUCACUAAUUUCACUUCGUAUCCUCCACAUGGGUCUUGGGAAAUUCCUGCUUUUGGUCAUAGUUUCCGAGGUCUUUAGAGUUGCGACAGCUUGCUCUAAUGGAGAAUGCAGGAUUCUUGAUGGAUGCUCAACGGAUGCAGAUUGCGAAGCAGGACUUUAUUGUUUCUCUUGUCCUGAAACAUUUUCAGGUUCAAGAUGUGUUAGAUCAACCGGCACAGAUCAAUUCAAGCUCUUGAACAAUUCUCUUCCAUUGAACAAGUAUGCAUUUUUGACAACCCACAAUGCUUAUGCCAUUGACGGUGAGCCAUCUCACACUGGAGUUCCUAGAAUUACCUUCACCAACCAAGAAGACAAUGUUACUCGGCAGCUAAAUAAUGGGGUUCGAGCCCUCAUGCUUGAUACAUAUGAUUUCCAAGGAGAUGAACCGGCCAUAGAUACUCUACGGGAGAUUGAGGCUUUCUUAUCGGCGAACCCAUCGGAAAUAGUAUCGGUGAUCCUAGAAGACUAUGUUCAGGCCCCGAAUGGAUUGACCAAGGUUUUUACAGAUGCAGGGUUAAUGAAGUACUGGUUUCCUGUUUCAAAGAUGCCUCAAAAUGGUGAAGAUUGGCCUCUGGUUAGUGACAUGGUAGCUAACAACCAAAGGCUACUCGUAUUUACCUCAAUCAAGUCCAAGCAACACAGUGAAGGAAUUGCAUACCAGUGGAGUUACAUGGUCGAAAACCAGUAUGGAGAUGGUGGGAUGAAGGCAGGAAGUUGCUUUAACAGGGGAGAGUCAUCGCCACUAAAUGACACCACUAAGUCUCUGGUUUUGGUUAAUUACUUCAGAUCUACGCCGAUCAAGCUACUAGCCUGUGUACAGAACUCAGCAGACCUCAUCAAGAUGCUUCAAACUUGCCACGGCGCCGCCGGCAACCGAUGGGCUAACUUUGUUGCCGUCGAUUAUUACAAGAGGAGCGAGGGAGGAGGAACAUUUCAAGCUCUGGAUACUUCAAAUGGGGAGCUUUUGUGUGGUUGCGAUGAUGUACAUGCUUGUGUGGCCGGAUCUACAUCAGGAGCUUGCACCCGCCGAGCAUGAAGGCAAGAAGAGAAUCCACUUUGUUAAAUGGUAGAUGUGUUCGUUCCUCAAUAAAGUUUCUUAAAAUAAAAUACAAAAUCCGAUUUAAUUGUAUAGGAAGAGUUAUAAUCUUCUGUUUUUUUGGAACGAAUAAAAGAAAUUGAAGUUUCUUCUUCUUGGGCUUUUAGAAAUAAG